CCCGGGAAAGCUUGGUUUCUAGUUAGUUCCUCUCCAUGGUUAGUUCACUUGUAGAUGCUGAAGAAGUGUUGAUAAUCAAUGGAGAAAAUAACAGAAAAACUGCUACUGGAGAAAGGAUCUCCAAAAACCAACAAACUGGAGCAAAUCAAGACACUGAAUCUAUCUAGGCUGGGACUGAAGUCUCAGGACUUGCCAGUCAGGCUGCUGUCCCGACUCCAGUACCUGGAGCGCUGGGAUCUUUCUGGGAACAGACUGCAGGAGUUGCCCAAGAACCUGGAGCUGCCUGCCCUUCGCUACCUGGACCUCAGCGACAACCAGCUGGAGGACGUUACCACUCUGGAGUCUCUAAGUAAUCUGGAGGAGCUCAAGAUGGAGGACAAUCUUUAUAUCACUGUGAGUGAUAACUACAAGCUGAUGGUGUUGUUGCCCAAACUGAGGAUUCACAACGGUAAAGAUGUCAGCACGACAGCCAACCACUUGCGCUAUGUCUACACGGAGAACUUGAGGACCAGGAUAAUUGCAGUUUGGGAGAAGAGCUUCUGUCUUCCGGAUCCCAUCACAGCAGAGAAAAUGUCGGCCUUGGAGAAAGACUUUGUCAACACUGCCCGUCAACAAGUUAAAUUUGGACCCAGUUCAGUCAGUGAUUUCACCAAAUGGAGGGUAGAGAAUAUCGCUAAGGAGUAUCUGCACUCUCUGACAGAACCAAAGAAAGAACCAGAGAGCAAGGAGCCUACCGACACUAAAGAGAACUGUGUUGUCUCGACCCCGACCAAGAGGAAACAAACGGCGUCAGUGGACACCAGCAUCAGACUGACGCCUCGCAAGAAGUUGCGCGCAGAGCUCCCAGCCUCCCCAGUUGAAGCCAGCCCUCGCAAAUCCAGUCUCCGCAAACUCGAGACGCUAACCCAGACCAGCGCUGUCAGGAUGAGCCCCCGCAAGAUAAGUCAGCCUCCCUCUACCCCCACCAGAGGACAGACGAAGCCAGAGACGCCCAGGAGAGGUGCGACGACAGUGCGACAAACCAAAGAGGACAGUGGAGCGCAGAAAAAACAGAAGAACAGAACGGACGCUGACAUGUUGUCCACAAUAAAGACACAGCAGCCAGUGUGUCUGAAGCCUCUCCACGUCCUCCAGUGCCACAGUAAACAGGACAGCUCGGAGGACUUCUCUACCCAGCUGUGGGCCUGUGCUUUCCAGCCAGUGCCAGAUUUCAAUGGCACUGGUGGAGGAAGCCGUUUGGUUGCUACCUGUGGUGGAGACUCUCUCUGCGUGAUUGACUGUGAAACCGGGCUGGUGAUGAAGAAGUACAAAGUUCUUGGCGAGGAGUUCUUCUCCCUGGCCUGGUCCACAGUGUUGAUGUCCAGGGGAGGCGGGGCCUCGGCUCAACACUGCAGCAUUCUGGCAGCUGGAGGGAAGAAAGGACUGGUCAAACUGAUCCACCCCAGAAACAACAUGGCCUACGGGGAGUUCCGAGCCAGCCGCAAGGCGCUGUCUGUCCUGCGCUUCAACCACCGCCAGGGGAACUUCCUCUUCACGGGAGCAUAUGAUAACAAGAUUGUGAUGUGGGACAUUGGUGGAGUGGACAGCCAGUACAACUACAAAGUUGUUCAGCUGCUGGUGUUGGAGAUCAGCGCCACUCCCCUACACAUCUGCCUCCCCCCCACUUCCCCCAGCUCACACCUACUGACUGCCUGUGAGGACGGCCUGCACUGCUACAACACACAACUCAGCACCAACAACACAAAGAGUAGGUCUGAGGAGAUGGAGAUAACUUUCCCCAUAUAUAAGAAGGAAGACAAAUACCAUGACUACCACACCAUUGAUGGCCUGAGUUUUCUUACAGAUGACAUAGUGGCCUCCAAGAACUACAUGCAUGGUUCCAUAUACUUGUGGAGCUGGAGCAGGACCAAGGCUCAGCGGCCUGACAAGAAAGACAGGACAGUUUGUGCUGUGGUUCUGGCUGAGCUGCAGUGGGCCAACACUGAGAUUCCCUACCUGGCUCUCAACACAUGCCCUGGCCGAGCCUACAUAGUGUGUGGUGAUGACAAAGGCAGGUUAUGGACAUACCACGUCAACGACCUGCAGAAAAACAGUUUCCAGACUGGGAAACCCAUACUGCCCACUGAGGUGUUGGAGUGGCCGAACCCGGUAAGAAAGGGCCUCGGCCAGGUGGAGGGCCCCACCAUCAACAGUGUAGCAAUGGACCCUGAGCUCAACUACCUGGUGGCCCUUAGUGACAAAAAUAUGGUGAUCGUGUGGAAGAGAGAAAAGUCCUCCUGAGAAACACGGACUGUGGGAAUGCAACUCAUCAAUGGAAGUCGUGAUUUAAUACAAAUCGUAGGGUGUUUUAGUAUUUGUAAGGUAAGGGUUGCUUCUCAUAACACCAACAAUCCACUCUGUCUCAGCCAAUAGAGAGACUGCAGUGAUCCUGUCUGGGAUAGUUUUUUGGAUUAUUUUUUUCCUUUUCUUCAUAAUUUGUUUGGGGAAAGUGAAUUUUGCAUUGAUGCCACAGUGAGAUCUGUCAGAGCAAGUAACAGCCAGACUGAAGGAAUACAAUUACAGUAUUGUUCUUUAAAAAAAAGAAAAUGUACGGCAUACAAUUCUAACAUUUUAAUUAGCAGGAUUGAAUACUGAUGUACAUAAAAGUUGCUGCUGUUGGGAAUAGUAGCCAAGGGAAAAGAGUUGUCGAUUGUCUCUAUGUGACACACAAUUCCUAGUUUUUGUAUGUAAUUAUGUAUCUUUAAAAGAUACGGCAUUUACAAAUGUCCAGUCCAACCAUGAAAACUGUGUCAAAUUCCCAAAUGAUUAGCAAGUGAGCAUCCAUAUUAACUUACAUAAAUAAAUGCUAAUGUUUCCAGUUAGAUGUAAACAGUCAAGAUUGUGUACUGCUUUUGCGCUGCCAACAAGGGGCAAAAAAAAAAGGAAUGCUUUUUUAAUCACAGUCAGUCAGUGGCCUUAUGAAUAGGAAUCACAUUUUAAAUUUGACUGUUAAUUUACUUCUUUUUUUCAAAUGUAAAUAUUUUAUAUGAAUAAUUGUAUGAUGAACCUUUUCUGUUAUUUUAAGGUCAGUCUUUAGACCUUGCUGUUUAAAGUAACUAUGCAAUGUUCUGAUAACAUUGUAAUGUAAUGCAAACAGUACUGCUGCUGUGAGGAGUAAACAAACUGCUGGGAAAUUAAAUGCAGCAAAGUGUGUUUCUGUCUGCUGUAAUCCUGCAGUUCUUCUACUCUACCUGGGUUUCUGUGUGCAGCCCACCAUGUUUUUACAUGUCAAGUUUACAAAUAUCUUGAUUUAACAAAUCAAACUUACUGCAUUUUA